CCCUCUUCCCCUCGCUAGCGUCCCCCCACUAUUAUUAUCACAAAGAAACAAAGCACUGAAUGCUUAGAGAGAGAGAGAGAGAGAAAGAAAGAUAAAAAGAGAGUGAAAAGUCAUGGAAGUUGGGACAAAGAAGGAGAAGAUGGGGUUCGAGGAGACCGAGCUCAGGCUAGGCUUGCCAGGAAAUGGAGCAACUACUACUACUACUACUACUACUCAUGAAGCUGCUGAGGUGGCAAGGAAGAGAGGCUUCUCUGAGACUCAGACUAGUGCUGUGGAUUUGAAGCUCAAUCUUUCUUCCAAGCUGGAACAGAAGCCCAACACCAACCACCUUCUCACCGCUGCUGCUGCUGAUCCAGCCAAGCCUCCGGCUAAGGCACAAGUUGUGGGUUGGCCCCCCGUCCGAUCAUUCCGAAAGAAUAUGUUAGCUGUCCAAAAGGGCGGCCGCCCUGAUGAUGAGGAGAGUGAGAAGGGUAGUAGUACUGGGAACGCAGCGUUUGUGAAGGUUAGCAUGGAUGGUGCACCAUAUCUUCGUAAAGUUGACCUAAAGAUGUACAAGAGUUACCAUGAGCUCUCCGAUGCCUUGGGCAAAAUGUUCAGUUCCUUCACUAUUGGUAAUUAGCCUAGCCUUAAUUGCUACAUCUACAUGUACA